GUUUGUUCCAUUUGGUCAUUUAUGGGGCAUGGUUUGUGCCAACCACAAUCGUUCGGUGGUGAUAAAGGAGAUAAAAAAGUAACCUUUAAAACACUGCCACGUGGCAGAUAGGGUUACAUGCCAGUUUACGUCGUGACUUGUUGCAAACACACUAUUUCCACAAGCUCACCCCACCCUUUAGUUAUCAACAACACAAACAAGUGAUUUAUUUUCCAUCCACUCACUCUUUGCCCCAUCUACCACACUUGUGCAAUGGCCACCACACCAGCUCUCUCCGGAACCAUGGUGAGCACCUCCUUCCUGAGGAGGCAACCCAUGACCACAAGCCUAAAGGCAUUCCCCAACGUGGGUCAGGCUGUUUUUGGUCUGAAAGGUGGACGUGGUGGUCGUGUGACUGCCAUGGCCUUGUACAAGGUGAAGCUGCUGACACCAGAAGGACCACAGGAAUUUGAAUGCCCAGAUGAUGUUUACAUUGUUGACCAUGCAGAGGAACUAGGUAUUGACCUUCCCUACUCUUGCAGGGCUGGUUCUUGCUCUUCCUGUGCUGGAAAAGUUAUUGAAGGUAAAGUGGACCAGUCAGAUGGUAGCUUCCUUGAUGAUGAACAAAUAAAUGGUGGGUGGGUUCUCACCUGCGUUGCUCAACCUAGGUCUAACGUUGUCAUUGAGACCCACAAGGAGGAGGAGCUCAUAUGAUCGUGUCACCACAAAUUUCUAUGGCAUUGUUAUUGCUAGCUUCUAGUUAUUAUUAUAUCUUGCUGUUCUAUCGAUCUCGUGUUUUAAUUUUGUUAUAGUGGGAUUGGAUGGCUAGCUAGCUGAACUCAUGAUGACUACUAGCCCCUUCUCGGGAUAUGUAAGUUCUCUUAGAAUGAUUGAUUGAUCAUUCAUUCGUUUAUGGUAACAAAUGAAAACUCUUGCAGCUUAGCUUGGUGAUGCUUUCCUUAA